AAUAAAAUGACGCGGCUUCCGCUGCGCUCUUAUUUCAGCCUCAGCUUGAGAAAGACGCGCAGCUCGAGUUCCGAGUAUCGUCGACGCGGAGUCUAAUUCAGACGCUCUGAAGAUUAUUAAAACCCCGACGUUUCCUUUUAAAGCGACGUUUGCGUUUCCGUGUUUCUCUCCUUUGUUCAAAGUUUCAGGUUCCAGCGGCCGGCGUCGACGGGACUCACAGGCAGCGGAGCGCGAGCGACACACCGGCGAACAAAGAAACCCGUCUGCGCGAGAGAUCCGCCUUCUGCAGCCCACAGCGAUGAGUCAUGUGUCCGGCGACGGUGUGCACGGGCUGGACCAGCAGCUCGCUGCUCUAGACUUGAGCUCCGCAGAUGUUCAAGGAGUCCCUGGAAGGCGUUACAUUCCACCUCAUUUAAGGAACAAAGAAGCUUCCAAAAAUGAUUCUCCCGGAGGAUGGGAUAACGGACGCAGCAAUGGCUUCGUGAACGGCUGCCAUGAUGGCCGAGACAACCGCAUGAAUGGGGGCAACAGUUUCGGUGGCCGCGGCUCCAUGCGCAACGACCGCGGAGGAAGAGGAGGCUUCAGAGGUAACACCAGCGGCUCCUACAACCCCAUCCAGCCAAUGCAGAGCGCAGGAUUUGGUUAUGAAAACAAAGAUGCCAGUGGCUGGAAUGCCCCAAAAGACACUGCCUACAACAGCUUUGGCGGCCGCUCUGACCGGGGCAAAUCAUCUUUCUUCAAUGACCGCGGGUCUUCAUCCAGGGGGCGGUAUGAGCGUGGAGGUUUUGGCGGCGGUGGGAACAGCCGAUGGGGGGAGGACUCCAGAGACGAUGAAGACUGGUCCAAACCGUUGCCUCCCAAUGAGCGUGUGGAACAUGAGCUCUUCUCUGGAAGCAACACAGGGAUUAACUUUGAGAAAUAUGAUGACAUUCCUGUUGAAGCCACAGGCCAGAACUGUCCACCACAUAUUGAGAGUUUCCAUGAUGUAGAUAUGGGAGAGAUCAUUAUGGGAAAUAUAGCCCUGACCCGCUACACACGGCCCACUCCUGUCCAGAAGCACGCUAUUCCCAUCAUCAAGACUAAGAGGGACCUGAUGGCGUGCGCACAGACGGGUUCUGGUAAGACUGCAGCCUUCCUGCUGCCGGUCCUGAGCCAGAUAUACACUGAAGGACCGGGAGAGGCGCUGCAGGCGGUGAAGAACAGUGCACAGCUGGCGCUCCAGAUCUACGAUGAGGCCAGGAAGUUUGCGUACCGCUCUCAUGUGCGGCCCUGUGUGGUGUAUGGAGGCGCUGAUAUCGGUCAGCAGAUUCGUGAUCUGGAGAGAGGCUGCCAUCUGCUGGUGGCCACUCCUGGGCGUCUGGUGGACAUGAUGGAGAGGGGCAAGAUCGGCCUGGACUACUGCAAUUAUCUGGUGCUGGAUGAAGCAGAUCGGAUGUUGGACAUGGGCUUCGAGCCACAGAUUCGUCGUAUCGUCGAGCAGGACACCAUGCCGCCCAAAGGGCUUCGUCAGACCAUGAUGUUCAGUGCCACCUUCCCCAAGGAGAUCCAGAUCUUGGCUCGUGACUUCCUGGAGGAAUAUAUCUUCUUGGCUGUGGGCAGGGUUGGUUCCACCUCUGAGAAUAUCACCCAGAAGGUGGUGUGGGUUGAAGAAAAUGACAAGAGGUCCUUCCUGCUCGACUUGCUCAAUGCCACAGGUAAAGAAUCUUUGACCUUGGUGUUUGUUGAGACCAAGAAGGGAGCGGAUGCUCUGGAGGACUUCCUGUAUCGUGAGGGCUACGCCUGCACCAGUAUCCACGGCGACCGUUCCCAGAGAGACCGCGAGGAAGCGCUCCAUCAGUUCCGUUCAGGGAGAUGCCCCAUCUUAGUAGCCACGGCUGUGGCUGCUCGUGGUCUGGACAUCUCCAAUGUGAAACACGUCAUUAACUUUGACCUGCCUAGUGACAUCGAGGAGUACGUCCACCGCAUCGGGCGAACCGGUCGUGUGGGAAACCUUGGUCUUGCCACAUCAUUCUUCAAUGAUAAGAAUAGCAACAUCACCAAGGAUCUGCUGGACAUCGUGGUGGAGGCCAAACAGGAAGUCCCCUCCUGGCUGGAGAGCCUGGCCUAUGAGCACCAGCACAAGAGCAGCAGCCGCGGGCGCUCCAAGAGGUUUUCUGGUGGUUUUGGUGCCAGAGACUACCGUCAGACCAGCAGCAGCACCAGCGGCGGAGGCUUCGGGAGUCGCGGCGGCCGUAACACCGGCGGUCACGGAGGAAACCGUGGAUUUGGCGGGGGUAAGGGUCGGUUUCGCUCAGGAACAAUGCCCUCAUUGGGGGAAGAGUCUCUGGUGGCUUUUCUUGAUUGGCUGCUUUGGAAGAUAUUUUCCUGUUUAGCUGCAUGA